AGGCGUCCGGCUCCGCCCACCGCCGCCAUGGCCGCCCUCGGGCUCCUGCUGGCGCUGCUGCUGCCCCCGGCCCUGCCCGCGGCCUCCGCGCCCGGCUGCCGCCUGCGCUGGGCGGGGCUGGGCGGGGCCGGCGGGUGCCGGGGGGCGGCGCGGGGCUGCGCCGGGGGCUGCGAGUCGGGCGCCUUCCCCGCGCGGGCGGCCGUGCGGGCGGCCAGCGGCCUCCGUCACAACGUCACCGCCGUCGCCCGCUGCUGCACCCUCGCCCGCCCGCGCAAGGUGCGCGUGCGGCUCGAGUGCCCGGGCGGCCGCCACGAGGACGUCGCCGUCGUCACCGCUGCCGCCUGCCGCUGCGACAUGUGUCGCCUCGGCCGCUACUGAGCCGGACGCCUGGGCCCCUCCCGGAUCCCUCCCGGACGCCUGGGCCCCCCCAGACGCCUGGGCCCCGCCCGGACCCCUCCCGGACGCCUGGGCCCUUCCCGGACGCCUGGGCCCCGCCCGGAUGCCUGGGCCCCUCCUGCACCCCUCCCGGACGCCUGGGCCCUUCCCGGACGCCUGGGUCCCUCCCGGAUGCCUGGGCCCCUCCCGGAUGCCUGGGCCCCUCCCGGAUCCCUCCCGGACGCCUGGGCCCUUCCCGGACGCCUGGAUCCCUCCCGGACGCCUGGAUCCCUCCCGGAUGCCUGGGCCCUUCCUGGACGCCUGGGCCCCUCCCGGAUCCCUCCCGGACGCCUGGGCCCCACCCAGACACCUGGGCACCUCCCGGACGCCUGGGCCCCUCCCGAGCUGCCAUUAAACGCCGCUGCACCAA